AAGAAGAGAGAAGAAAGAAGAGAAGAGACGAAAGGGGGGAAAUAAAAGGAGAAACCUCAUCCUCAGCUCCAAAAAGUCGCCGUCUCAAUCGCAUUGUCUAUAAAAACCCGCCGUAAGCUGCUGGCCUCCCCCCCACUAGUUGGUUCCCCUGCUAUCACCUCACCCACUCUGUCUGCUACGCCUGUAUCCGCUGCUCCCCCUGUUCACCGCUCCCCUUUUGCUCCCCCACUGAACGAAGACGAAGAAUUGAACAGCCACCUGCACUCUCGUCGCUUGCUGCUCUGCUUGUUCGGCCUUAAAUAUACACCGAAAUUCGUCGUACAGAACGGAGAGAGAGAGAAAAAAAAAACACCGUUACCAUGUCUUCCCGACCUCAGAAUAUCGGCAUCAAAGCCCUUGAGAUCUACUUCCCCAGCCAGGUGAGACCUCGUUCAAGUGUCCUUGUUGGCACAGUAAAAGGUCAUGGCUAUAUCCUUGCUAAACGCCUCCGAUAGUGUGUCGACCAAGCCGAGCUCGAAAAGUUCGAUGGAGUCAGUCAGGGCAAAUAUACCAUUGGUCUCGGCCAGACCAAGAUGAGCUUUUGUGAUGACAGAGAAGGUGAGAUACACUGCCUGUCUCCGUUUCUUGUAUUCGUAUUAUGCCGUGGGGCUUCUGCUAACAGAUCCUAGACAUCUACUCCAUAUGCUUGACCACUGUGUCUUCACUCCUCCGAAAAUACUCCAUCGACCCCAAGUCGAUUGGACGCCUCGAGGUCGGCACAGAGACCAUGCUGGACAAGUCCAAGUCCGUCAAGUCCGUGCUAAUGCAGCUCUUUGCUCCCUCUGGCAACACCAACAUCGAGGGUGUGGAUACUGUCAACGCCUGCUACGGCGGAACCAAUGCUCUUCUCAACAGCAUCAACUGGGUAGAGUCCUCCGGCUGGGAUGGCAGAGACGCCAUCGUUGUUGCUGGUGACAUUGCUCUCUACAAGAAAGGCAAUGCUCGUCCCACCGGUGGAGCUGGCUGUGUUGCCAUGCUCGUUGGGCCCAAUGCUCCCAUUGUCUUUGAGCCUGGUCUCAGGGGCACGUACAUCACCCAUGCCUACGACUUCUACAAGCCCGACCUUACCAGCGAAUACCCCUAUGUUGAUGGUCACUACUCCAUAAGAUGCUAUACUGAGGCUGUGGAUGCCUGCUACAAGGCGUACAACGCCAGAGAGAAGGUCCUCAAGGGCCAAAACGGUGACUCAAACGGUAUCGUAGACAAGUCUAAGACUCCUCUUGACCGAUUUGAUCAUAUUCUCUUCCACGCUCCCACCUGCAAGCUCGUAGCCAAGUCGUACGGACGACUUCUCUACAACGACUACCUAGACAACCCGGAGCAUCCGGCCUUCGCUGAAGUUGCCCCUGAAGUCCGCAGCCUCGAUUAUGAGAAGUCUGUCACCGACAAGACUGUUGAAAAGACCUUCAUGGCCCUGUCCAAGAAGCGAUUCAACGAGUGUAUCGCUCCAUCUAUCGAAGUAGCCACCCAAUGCGGAAACAUGUACUGCGCAAGUGUCUAUGGAGGACUCGUCAGCUUACUCAGCAAAGUUCCCUUUGACCCUGCCCAGCCCAAGCGUGUUGGCGUCUUCAGUUACGGAAGCGGUCUGGCUAGCUCCAUGUUCAGCGUCAAGGUUGUCGGUGAUGUCUCAAAUAUUGUCAAGCAGUUGGAUCUGCAAAAGCGACUUGAUGCCAGACGUGUGGUCGAUCCCCAGGUUUACGAUGAUGUAAGUGCAUACCUACAUUCAUGUUGGAAAUGAUUGCAAACUGAACUAACCUCAUUUCUUUUAAAUAAUUACAGAUGUGCCUCCUUCGUGAAAAGGCUCACUUGCAGAAGAACUUCACUCCUGUUGGCAACGUCGACGACAUCACCCCCGGAACUUACUACCUAACCAAGGUCGAUGACAUGUUCCGAAGAGAGUAUGCCGUCAAGGCAUAAAUAAUCAUUUUUAAUUUUAAAAAAGAGGUGGCGGAAGGGACCAUUCGGCAUAAUUCUAA